AUGAGCGGCCAAAAGUUGCAAUAUGACGAAAGCGGUGGAACGUUUUUCUACUUUUUGUUAUCAUUCCUGGCGCUUCUUUUGAUACCUGGGACUUAUUACCUUUGGCCACGUUGCCCUAAACAAGAUCCUGAUCAAGAGGCAAAAGAAUGUCAGUGCGAUGGUUGUAAAAGGAAGAAAAUCAUUUUGCAGCUCAAUGAACCAUGGAAAGAAACCAAAGCAUUAUUUAUGAAAUUUCUCAUUAUUUUCGGAUGGAUAAUCCUUAUUUUUUUGGCGUACAAGGUGUCCCAGUUUGACUAUGAAAUGGCCAAUUUUGAUCCUUUUGAAAUACUGGGUGUCCCUCCUUCUGCAAGUCAAAGUGACAUUAAAAAAGCAUACCGUAAACUUUCUUUAAUUCUUCAUCCAGAUAAGGAAACUGGAAAUGAAAAGGCAUUCAUGAAAUUAACUAAAGCUUAUAGAGCACUGACCGACGAGGAAGCUAGAAAGAACUGGGAAAAGUACGGAAACCCAGACGGACCGGGAGCGAUGAGCUUCGGAAUUGCUUUACCAUCAUGGAUUGUUGAAAAAGAGAAUUCAGUGUGGGUUUUAGGAUUGUACUCGUUGGUAUUCAUGUUUGUUCUACCAACCGUUGUCGGAACGUGGUGGUAUAAAAGUAUUCGUUACACCGGUGAUCAAGUGUUGCUAGCUACUACUCAAUUGUAUUAUGUAUUUUUUAUUAAAACUCCUUCAAUGUCUCUGAAAAGGGUUAUUAUGAUUCUUGCUGCUUCCUUUGAAUUUCAUAAAAAGAGAAAUGCUGAAAUUGUUGAGAGAUAUACUGACAGCGAAGAAGUUUAUUCGCUUAUCAAGCAGCUGCCAGAUUUAGGUGUGAAAAAUAAGGAAACACCAUUGUGUGACUCGUAUUCAAUUAAAGCUAGAGCUUUAAUUCAUGCACAUUUGUCUCGUAUACUACUAAAUCCAGAAACGUUAGAGAAAGAUAGGCAGUACAUUAUUAAAAAAUGUCCAUAUCUAAUUCAAGAAAUGGUAACUUGCGUUAAUCGAGUGAUUCUAUUAGCUUAUGCUAGAAGAGUUCCGCGCUUACCAACCAUAAAAACUGUAGAAAAUUGUAUGAAAUUAUGUUCGAUGAUAGUUCAAGGAUUUUGGGAAUUUAAAAAUCCUCUUUUACAGUUACCUCAUAUAACUGAAGAUAAUUUAAAAUGCUUCUUACCAAAAAAGCAUCAAAUCAAAAGUCUUCAACAAUUUGCACAAUUGAAAGGAGAAGAAAGAAGACUGAUCCUUAGAAAUUUAUCUGACAGUCAAUACGAAGAUGUAAUGAAAGUUCUUGGAAGUAUGCCGUACAUAGAGUUUAAAGUACGCUCUGAAGUAAUUGACGAUGAAAACCCAACUGUUUACACUGCUGGUGCUAUCGUCACUGUAACAGUAUCAUUAACCCGUAAGGACAUGAAACAUUUAUUCGGAGAUGAUUCUGUCAAAGAGCAACAAAUGAUUGAUGAUAGUAAAAUAAGCAACGAUGCUCCUGACGAAGUAAUAGAAGAACAAAUUCAGUCGGUUAAAAAACCAGCGUGGCUUAGACAAAAGAAAGGUCAAAAGAAGUCUCAUAAAAAAGGAACUAGUAAGAAAUUCACUGCGCCAAAAAAUGCACAGACACAGUCUAACGCGAAUAACAAUGCUCAAACAAAUACUCCUAACGCGAGGAAGAAAGAGGAUAAAGAGUCUUCCAAAGAUAAAUUAUCUGAUGUAAGUGACAGUGAUGUGGAUAGUGAGAGAAGUGAUGAUGAAGACAGUCCUGAUAAAAAGGAUGUAUCUAUUGAUGAUGAUGAUACGGAAUGGGAAAGGUUUCAACAACGCAUUUCUAAGAGAGAAAAAGUCCUAGAAGGCAGAAGUAAUCUAUCCCACGAAGUGCAUUGUCCUCUCUUUCCAGACAUUAAACAAGAAUACUGGUGGGUUUACAUAUGUGAUCGUAAGAGUCAAACGCUGUUAACAACUCCAGUUCACGUUACAUCGUUAGCGCAUUUCGAAGAAGUUCAAUUAAGAUUUACAGCGCCUCGAUGGCCAGGUGUAUACACAUUUACCGUAUGUUUGCGUAGUGAUUCUUAUCUUGGCUUUGAUCAGGCCCAAGAUAUCAAGUUGGAUGUUAAAGAAGCACCGGAAGUACCCACAGAACAUCCUCAGUGGGAUAUUUCAGACGAAGAAACUGCGGAGGAUGUUGAUGCAGCUGAUGAACAUUCCGAGUUCACAACUGACGAAGAUAUCAGCGACAAUGAGUAAUAUCCGAAUGGAUAUUCAAGAGUUCGCAUUUUCCUCUUUUUUUACUUGUCAAGUUAAUGUACAAUGAACUUUUAUACGUGAAAUUGCAUAAUCGUUGAUGUAUGUGGACAAUCUAGGAAAAUAGUACGGUGUGUAAGAGAAUAAUAGUAAAUGAUAGACGUGUGGGGGAUACUGAACCGUUGUACUUCCGGCGAGGUCGGGCGAGAUUGCGAUUUUGCGGGAGUCAAUCUUUCAUUAUAUACGGAGUGUUUAAAAUAACCCAUUCAAUAUUUAUGUGGUACAUAGCACACUAUACUAAGUAAAAAAAAUACCUUAGUAAACAUAGGUCAAAAGGUCAACGCCGAGGGAUUUCUUCUCUUCCCUUGCCAUCGACAUGACCCCAUUAUUGGCAUAGAACUAAUUAUCAUACAAUGUGCAUAAGUCAAAUUAGUAUAUACAUAUAGCUCUGUAUGGCGUCAUUACUGACUACCUUCCCCUGAAACCCCUCUUUUAUCCCUCGAUCGGGAACGUUGGUGCUAUGUAUCAUAUAAAUAUUUAAUGGCUUUUUGAACACACUAUAUAAUCGCGCUAUUUGGUUUCGGGUCGCCUUGACAGAAACCGGAUGCUUGAACGUUUAAGAUUGGUACUCCCGAGCAGUAGGGGAUCCCCCUACGCGCCCGAUCUCGCUUGAAGUUCUUCCGUCCCGCCCCAAAGUCCGGGUUCCCGAGACUCGGUUCAAUCCGCACACCUCUACUAAAUGAAAAUCAUAUUUAUUUUAACAUUGUUGUUUAAUUCUCAGUUUAGGAUGUGCAUACGGUUUUUUAAUAAAAUACAUUUUAAAAUA